AUGGAGGCCAUCAGCGUCGACAUUCAACAACUCAAACGCGGGGAGGUUAACCUCGGGACUUCAAUUAUGGCCGUCCAGUUUAACGGAGGCGUUGUAAUCGGUGCCGACAGUAGGACCACGACAGGCAGCUACAUUGCCAAUCGAGUUACCGACAAACUCACACAUGUGCACGAUCGGAUAUACUGCUGUCGCUCUGGUUCGGCCGCAGAUACUCAAGCUGUUGCCGACAUCGUGCAUUAUCAUCUCCAGGUCCAUACUCAAGAGCAUGGAACUCCCUCUGUUCACGACGCUGCGUGCCUUUUCCAAAAGCUAUGUUACGACAACAAAGAUGCUCUGAGCGCGGGGAUUAUUGUGGCCGGUUGGGACGAGGAGGCUGGGCCGAGUGUGUACAACAUCCCAUUGGGCGGUGGUUUGUUCCGUCAGCCAUGGGCGAUCGGAGGGUCCGGAUCUACCUAUGUAUACGGUUACUGUGAUGCUACAUACCAGGAGGGCUGGGGCAAAGACGAAACCAUCAACUUUGUCAGAAACACUCUGGCACUGGCAAUGUCGCGAGAUGGCUCCUCUGGUGGGGUUAUCCGCAUGUGUGUCAUCACAGAAGAUGGCGUCGAGAGGUUAUUUGUGCCAGGCGAUCAACUUCCAAGAUUCUGGGAGGGUAAGGAAGUUUUAGGAGCGGUAACAGGGCUUCAACCCGUCCCAGCGGUCGUUCCUAUGGUCGUUGAAGCCUAG